UUUGAGUCGGGGGUAGGUUGUCACGUCGUAUUUAAAUUCUGCUUUGUAUAAUUCCUUACACGUUUGCUUCUCUCUUUCUUUAGGAUCACGCAUACCACACGUUCGUACAGCUGAAUUAUUAGUAACGUUACUCAUGUUUUAUAUAUUUGUAUUUUUCUGCUUUCAGACCGGGUAAACGAAUCUGAAAUUGUGAAGAGCAGCAUCAGGACUACGCGUCAACCAGCAUUUCGGGACUGUUGCUUUGCUUUAAUAAAAUUUGAAUUUCUUAAACGCAGCGUGAUCUGACAAAACAACCAUCCAGAUAAUUUCAAUACCGUGUGCAUUGAUUUCGACUAUAUUUAUAAGCACGAUGAUUUCUCAGAGCGUUAGAAGCGACAGAAAGUCUCCACAGCCUCCACUACAAGGGCUGCAUUGCGCAUGUGCAAACUGAAGUGUUCUUUAAACUAGGACUUCGCUGUCGUGUUGCAGUACUGAGGAUAUUUGUCUAAAAUUAAUAUGAUUUGUCGCUGUUAAAAAAAUAAAGGUUAACCAAAGGCGACGAAUUAACGACGUUUGCAAUAUUUAGGGGUGGUUGUAUUCUCCUAAGUAAUCUGUUUUGAAUGUGUUUUUCAGUGCUUGACAACAUAGAUGUGUGGCGUGUGAAAUCCGUGAAUUGCGUGAGACUCGAGAGGCCUGACUCUGCACUGUGUUGUUACCCCUGUUCAACUUGAAGCGAGCUCAAUGGGCGGUCCUACAGUGGAACAGAGAGCGACGAAUCGCCUUCUCUGUUUAAAUAGCAUAGUCCUUGAUGUCAAGUCUUCUUCCUUACCCAUAGCUCCCUCUAACGCCAUGUUAGCUGUUUUGACUUGAUGUGUUUUCAUCUGACUUACUACGAACUUGACAGGAGUGGCUCUGUUAAACCCCCUCCCUCCCCACUGUGCGCAUUUUGGAGACAUUUUUACGCGUAUUUGGAUGAAACGCGCGGAAUAUGCAUGCAUCAUUCCUGUGACUCUGCAUUUGAAGGGAAUACUACUAGGAAAUAGCUGUUUGAAAAGGUUUGGACCUUGUUUGUGCGGUUUGUAUUUUUCCUGUCAUAUGUGCAGCAAAAUGUCAGAUGUUCGCCUUUCUAAUGCGAGCCCGACGGUGGAGAGGGUGGAUUCGCGGCAGCAGGACAGCGUCAGAACGGUUCGCCGAGUGCUUUUCGGUACACCUGACCGUGAAGAGACACGGAGGUGUACGGAGGCUGUGAUGCAGCAAAGCAAGCAGGAUUUUAUGGAAAAAUAUAAUUUCGACCCGGAGACCGGCAUACCCCUCUCUCCUGGUAAUUACAAGUGGGAAGAGGACAGCGAAGCACCGGAAUAUUAUCGCAGGCCGCCGCACACGAACCAGCGGCCCCAGCGAGAGGCUGACUCACCCAACGGUAACCACCGACAGGAGGACGAGGAGAGGAAUAGGACGCAGACAGCUCACCUGCCAGACAGGAACGGCUCGCGGAAACGACGCUCGGAAGCUUCAGGUUCUUGUUCCAACGAGUGUCCGGGCAAAAGGUCGCCCCCCGACGAAGACGACGAUGAAGACCAGUCGAACGGUGCAGGAAGUCAGUCGAGAUCAGCCGCAGGCGAAAGACCCAGCAGGCCAGAGAACAACGUGGAAGUCCAUUGAAAAAGGAAAAGCUGUGCCAGAGCAGCGAGACCUGUUGCUGGUGGAAUACCGUAGGUUUUCUCAUCAUCUGACAGAGGAGAGAAAAUGAAAACAAAGCAGUCUUAUCCUAAAGAAGGGAGGAGGAAAGGCUGCAAAAGCACUGAACAUGUACACUAUAAAGUUUUGGCACUCAUAUAAAGUCAAAUUGCCUCAAAAGCAGCAGACAAUGUAGCAUUGUGCAAAUGGAUUUUUGCUCCUCUUUGUUAAUCCUUUUUGUCUUUUUUUUGUAUAUCUACUACCUAUGUUUCAGAUGUAGCACACGAGAAAGCAUAUUAUGCUUUCCAUAUCUUUUGUUUAAUGUGUUUAAACGAGAAAUUGCAGUGCAAUUUCCUACAGAGAAAUAUUUUGUUAAAGUGGUCAUUUGUAUCAUUCAGGUAACUGAUUUAAGUUAAAAUGCAGAGUUCAAAAGUCAGGGUUACGUGGAAACAAAAUGUCUUUACCUUUUAUAUGGCUUUAUAUUCCCAGUGUUAUUUCUCUCUCUCUCUCUUUUUUUUUUUAAAUCUCUCUUUCUCUCAAAGGCCCAGAUGGCUAGACUGUGAGUUAAGGGUCCAUCUAACUGGGAACAGCCAUGAUAGAUAAAGUUUACAUGUAAUUUUUUCCCCAUUUUUUAAAAUGCCCUUUUAUGAUUGUUAUUAUUUUUUCUCUUAUAUGGGAGGGUUUGCCAAAGUUUGUGCUUUUGUUUUUUUCUAAACCUGUGGGUGGGGGGGAGGGGCGAGAGGGUAGUUAGACUGCUGAGCAAUAUCCAACCAAAUUUUCAACAGUAUUUGCAAAUAAUCCUGAGAGUUAGAUUGAAUUUUUAAAAUUAGGCGAGUAUAUAUUUUUUUGUGAUUUACGUAUCACAUAUCCUGCCCCCUCAAACUAAGCGUGGUCCAGGUUAACAUAGUUAAAGUAUGUUAAAAGCACUGGGCUUUUUUUAUGCAAGUAUGUGAAUGAAAGAAAAAUUGUAUUUGGGGCGUGGAAUUCAUGUGGAACAUGUAAUUGCACUUUUAUUCAUUUCUCAUCAACGUGAGGAGAGAAAAACAACGUGACACCACCUCACUUGGUGUAAAACUUUGAAGUGUACCUGUGUGCUUUUUUUUUUCUUUUUCUUUUUUUUUUUUUUAAAACACUGAAACUUAACUAACUUAUUUAUGUUGUGCUUUUUUUUUGUGGGUGUAUGUAUCGCUUCCCAAAGCAACAUUUUGUGCAUUUUUGUAUGUGUAUAUAUAUUUUCAUCAUUGUUUUCUGAUGAAUAAAUAAAUCGCAAAACUGA